ACACGACCUUACCAACUAAUGCUAUGUACACAAGUGUGGUGGCGAUUAUCAUUUCUCUCCUGCCGUCCUCAGCCGUAUAAAGCUUCUCUCCGCCUGUUCUCACUACCGCCGCCGCCGCCGCCGCCGCCGUCGUCAGCGAUGGGUAAAAAGGUGAAUAAUGGCCCUUCAAAGUCCGCUCCUGACCACCCCAAAGACGAAGCUUAUCUCCAAUCCGUCAUUCCCAAACGCAUCGUUCUCUUCCAAUCCAUCCAAGCUCAACAAAUCUCCGACCGUCAAUCCAUCGCCGGCGAUCCCAUCAAGAUAACUUUGCCGGAUGGGACAGUCAAGGAAGGGAAGAAGUGGGCGACGACACCACUCGACGUAGCGAAGGAGAUAUCGAAGACUUUGGGGGCGAGUGCAUUGAUUUCGAAGGUUAACGGAGUUCUCUGGGACAUGUUGAGGCCCCUUGAAGCCGAUUGCGAGCUUAAGUUGUUCAAAUUUGAUAGCGACGAAGGUCGCGACACCUUUUGGCAUUCGAGUGCUCACAUUCUCGGGCAGGCCCUUGAGAUGGAGUUUGGGUGCAAAUUGUGCAUUGGACCGUGUACUACAAGAGGGGAGGGUUUCUACUAUGAUGCAUUCUAUGGUGAACUGGGCUUAAAUGAGGAUCAUUUUAAACAGAUUGUUUCUGGGGCCGAUAAAGCUGUUGUGGAAAAACAACCUUUUGAGCGCAUAGAAGUAUCAAGGGAGCAGGCUCUUGAGAUGUUUUCUGAAAAUAAAUUUAAGGUUGAAAUUAUCAAUGAAUUACCAGAAGACAAAACUAUCACAGUAUACAGAUGUGGCCCCUUAGUUGAUUUGUGUCGUGGACCACACAUACCAAAUACAUCCUUUGUUAAAGCAUUUGCUUGUUUAAAGGCUUCAUCAGCUUAUUGGAGGGGGAAUAAAGAUCGUGAAAGCUUACAAAGAGUUUAUGGGAUAUCAUAUCCUGAUAAAAAAAGCUUGAAGGAAUAUAUUGCUUGGCUGGAAGAAGUAAAGAAAUAUGACCACCGAAUAUUGGGUAGAGAUCAGGAGCUUUUCUUUAAUCACCCGCUUAGCCCAGGAAGUUGGUUCUUCCUUCCACAUGGUACCCGAAUAUACAAUAAGUUGAUGGACUUUAUACGAACUCAAUAUAGGGAGAGAGGUUACCUAGAGGUUUUGACACCAAAUAUGUAUAACAUGCAACUCUGGGAAACUUCUGGUCAUGCUGCAAAUUACAAGGAGAAUAUGUUUGUGUUUGAGGUCGAAAAUCAAGAGUUUGGACUUAAGCCGAUGAAUUGUCCUGGUCACUGCCUAAUGUUUGACCAUAGAGUUCGUUCAUACAGAGAACUCCCUCUCCGUCUGGCUGAUUUUGGAGUCUUGCAUCGGAAUGAGGCCAGUGGUGCACUUACUGGGUUAACUCGUGUCAGGAGAUUUCAGCAGGAUGACGCACAUAUCUUCUGCAGGGAGUCCCAGAUAAAAGAUGAAGUCAGGGGUGUGUUAGAAUUCAUCAGUUACAUAUAUGAUAUAUUUGGCUUCACUUUUGACUUGAAGCUCUCAACGAGGCCAGAGAAAUAUCUUGGAGACUUACAAACAUGGGAAAAAGCAGAAGCUGCUCUUACAGAAGCAUUAAAUGAGUUUGGGAAGCCAUGGCAGAUAAAUGAAGGUGAUGGUGCAUUCUAUGGGCCAAAGAUUGAUAUCAGUGUUUCUGAUGCAUUGAAUAGGAAAUUCCAGUGUGCAACAUUGCAGUUGGACUUCCAACUUCCGUCCCGUUUCAACUUGUCUUACUCCGCUGAGGAUGAAAAGAAAAUGGAAAGGCCUGUUAUGAUACACCGGGCCAUCCUAGGGUCGGUUGAGCGUAUGUUUGCUAUACUUCUGGAGCACUACAAGGGAAAAUGGCCCUUCUGGUUGAGUCCACGUCAUGCGAUUGUUUGUUCUGUGUCAGAAAAAUCACAGCCAUAUGCACUACAGGUGCGGGAUCAGAUUCAUCAAGCGGGUUAUUAUGUUGAAGUUGAUACAAGUGAUAGAACAAUCCAGAAAAAGGUACGUGAAGGUCAGUUGGCACAGUACAACUACAUAUUGGUGGUUGGUGAGGAGGAAGCCAAAACUGGACAGGUUAGUGUGAGAGUGAGAGACAAGGCGGACCAUUCGGUCAAGAACAUCAAGGACCUGCUCGAACACUUCAAGGAAGAAGUUGCAGCUUUUCACUAGGUACGAGCUUCUGGAGAAGCAAAUGGGUACCCGUGAGAUUGAUAUUUGUAUGACUUAAAGGUUUAACCCAUAAUUAAAAACGUUUAUUUGUAGAAAGCAUUAUUUAAAUACGUUUAUUUGAAACCACAAUUCUCAUGUAUUAUGUAUCAAGUUUUUUCUGAUCAAUCAACUUAUCGUAUUUCUCGUGUUUGGGUGACCUUGGAAGUACCUUAUUGUAUUUAUUUUGUUGUGAAUUUGGAGGUCAACAAAAGAACAGUGUUGUUAAAAAUUCGAAAUAUGAAUUUCUUUCAUUUUCUGAAUACCAUCAAUUGAGAUUGUGUUUCUCUA